CCGCGCAUGGGGGUGAAAGCCGCGCAACCCUCGGCCUGCCGAGCCGCCUUAGAAAACAGUGCUCGCGGGACAAGCCACGUCGAAAGUUGUGCGGUGAAAAGUCGCGCCUCUGUCCUCAAAACACGCACGAGAAAAGAUCAAGUCGCAAGAUCAAGGACAGAAUUGCGAAGGAGGAAGCGAGGAUCCAGGGUUAAUAGCGUCGAAUAUGGCGAUUCCUGAGCGGUUGUUCGUUCGAGGUGGAUCGUUAAUGGAAGGAGGCCCGUCGUGAUUUCAAUCAGCCUGACCUCCGAUUUCCGUACUUCCCUGUACGUGAUUCGGUCGUCACGGCUUCGUGACUCCGGCCAAUCGAUCGAGCGAGAUUCACUUCCUUUCCUCUUCGCUUCGUUUCGAAGAAUGGGCAAGAAACAUGUUUGAAAGACGUGCUUUAAUCUCUCGUCUCCUUAAACAUUCCCGGUUCGAUUGAGAGACGGCGUAGUAAGUUGGACGAAGGAAGGACGAGGAGAGGAGUGGAAGGCCUGAUUUAACGAGGUGGCAUGCCAGCGCGACCUCCGAGCUCGGCUUCCCGGUACGUGAGUCAGGAUCGCAGGAAUCGGGCGCGAGGAUGAGCGCAAAGAUAUCCCUGGCGAGCCGCGGCACGGCACAGUCGCCGGUCAACCAUCGUGGCAAAUCAUCGUCGGGGCUGCUGCUCGCCGGGAAGUCUGUCAAGAGGCCGUCGUCGAUGACCAUAGAGGUGACUGGCACCGAGGAAAGAGCCGUCAAACGAGCCGCUGUCCCAGAACUGGAAGCAUCGUCCACCUCGUCGCGUCCAAACAGUUUGUUGGAGAGAGAGAGCAACAUGCCAGUUUUAACGCGCGCCUGCACUACUGCCACGCUCCCGAGGAUCAAGAGGUUCAAAUUCGCCUCGUUCGCGUCCGGGCCGCGUCUGGACGCGACGACGACGACGACGACGACGGGCGAAGCUAGGGGCGGCCCGGCGUGCACGGGCCGGCAACACCACCACCACCACCACCACCAUCAUCACCAGAUCGAGCACGAGCUUCAGCCAUCGUCGGCGAUGUCCACCCUGGUCUGCUGCGAGCCGGUCUCGGCCGCGGCCCGUUCCCGCGACAACCUGAAACUCGUCCUGAAUCGGAGCCUGAGCGAGCCCGGCCCCAGCGCGGCGGCGGCCGGCGCGUCCGCCGCCUUCCUGUCCGCCGCCCCCUCGCCCCCCCCGAGCGCCGGGCUGCCCCCGGCGGCGGGGGACGCCUGCCCCGCGCCCGACGAGUGCGCCGACUGCGCCUCCGCCGACCCCCUGCUCCACCACCGCCAUUGCCACCACCACCUCCACCACCACCACCACCUCCACCACCAACACCUCCUCCACCACCAGUCGUCGAAACGCUGCAAGCUGGAGACGGUCAGCCUGCCGACCAGCCCCUCGUCCGAGACCAACACCCUCCAACGCCAGCUGGUCCUCCAGAGGACCAACGCGAUAACCGCCGAUCAGUUGGCCGACCGGCUUCGAUCCUCCUCACGCGAGGGGAACGGGGGUGCGUCGAGCGUGGUGCUCGACUGCCGCCCCUUCAUACUGUACAACGUGAACCACGUGAGGGGGGCGAUCAACGUGAACUGCUCAGAUCGGUUCAACAGGAGGAGGCUUCAACUCGGGAAGGCGGCCCUCGCCGAUCUCGCCAACACCAGGGAAGGGAAGGAGUUGCUGCGCAGGAGGCAUUACAGGGAGGUGGUCGUCUACGACGAUUGCACCGACGACGUCGACCGCCUCCCCGUCCAGCAUCCCCUCUUCCUCGUGCUCGUCGCGUUGCUGGACGACAACAGGGAGCCUGCUCUUCUCUUGGGUGGACACAAGGAGUUCCACAGGCGGCACAGGGACCUCUGCGAGGAUACGCUUCUCCCAACAGUGGGAGCGGGUCCGUCCGCUGUCGGCAGUUGUUCCAGUCCAGGACCAGGGUGUCCAGUAUUAAGUCUGUCCGGACCACCGACCCCGCAACCCGCGGACAUCGAUAGCCACCCAGCCUCGAGAGUUCUACCGUUCCUCUACCUUGGAAAUGGAAGAGACGCGGCCGACUUGCAACUUCUUCGCGCGUUGGGCGCGACCAGAGUCCUCAAUGUCACUUCACAGCUGCCCGGAUAUCACGAGGAGAGGGGUAUCACGUACAGACAGAUCCCUGCCUCGGAUUCUGGCCACCAAAACCUUAAACAGUACUUCGAGGAGGCGUUCGACUUCAUCGAGGAAGCCCGAAAAGCCGGAAGCAGCGUGUUAGUGCAUUGUCAAGCGGGAGUAUCGCGCAGCGCGACAAUCGCAAUCGCGUAUAUAAUGCGACACAAGGGCCUGUCCAUGGUGGAGGCCUACAAAUUGGUGAAGAACGCACGACCAAUCAUCAGUCCUAAUCUCAACUUCAUGGGGCAAUUGUUAGAGCUCGAGCAAGGUUUAAGGGCGUCAGGUGGCGUGGCGGCCGCCCCCGAGGAGCCAAAAAGCUGUCACCAGUGUCGCUGGUCUCAUCAGCAGAAUAGCGAGGAAGUUACUUCCGGUUGCAGCGUCUGAGUCGAGCGAAAUCACCAGGCGAGGAUCACCCGAUUUCUCUCGCAUGACAAUCGGGGUUCCAGCAGAAGAUCGAAAAAGAAGAGAGCAGAAGAGCCCACGCGCGGUUCGCAAGGCUGUCUCGAUGUUUCGUGUCCAAGGACGCGAUCGAAAGACACGAUCUACACAUAUCCUACACGUAUAUCCGUUAAAAAAAACGAAGUCGUCGUUCUUCCUGUUUCAUACACAAAACACACACAGCAUACACACGUGCGAAGAACUCGAAUAACAUAACAUAACCUUGCUACACGUGCCUUGGCGAUCGGCCCUAAUAAACGGGAAAGGCUGAUUUACAGAGAGACACUUUUAUUUCUAUUAUCGAGUAACUUAUUCAGUGGUAAAGAACGUUUCUGAUUGAGAGAGAACGCGUCGUUGAUUUGCGGAUAACGAAGGAAAAAGAUGCAAUUGCGGACAAGUUGUAAACACGUGUGCGUCCUCCAUCUUGGAACUUCGGAAACCAACAGGAUGAUGGCGCCUGUUAACACUUGAGCGCGCACGAAUUUCUUCCUGUGUACAUACAACGACGCGAGCUCCUCUCUAUGUUGCGAAUUAUUUAUGCGUCAAGGGAGAGGGGAAAAAAGAGGGACGUUCACGCGGCGUUAGUUACGGAAGCUUCGUGCAUCGUCAUGAAGAAAGGUUUGGUGUACUUACGCGACAGUGUUCCGUAGUUUUAUUAGUACAAAAUAUAACGUGGUAAGAGGCGCGUAUAUCGAAGGAAAUCAUAAAUAUUUCUUUUUUUUUUUUUUUGUUUCUUGCGUAGUAAGUUGCAGUAGAGAGAGUAUGUAUAUUUGAUUUUAACAUGAUGAUACACAGUGUUCCACUUUUCUUGGAAAGAUCUACGCGUUUGUAAUUUAGAAAGUGAAUUUUAUUCGUUUAAUUUUUGUUCUUUUUAUAUGUGUAUAUUUCUUUUUUUAAAGUGUCAAGCGUCCACGUCUAAUUUGGCCACAAUUUUUUUCUUUCGAGUGAAUUGAAUACUGAAUCGGUUAAUUAUAUGUGUAUUUAGGGACACUGCUUCUUCGAAACCGUCGUUGCGAACAAAGAAGCAUCGAAUAAGAAUAUGGGAUUGAAUAAUUGCACUUGGGGAAGUCUUGCGAAAUUUUUUUUUUUCUUUCUUUUUGCCAUCUAAAGACGCGCGCGCAAGUGGACAAUUAACAAGGUGGGAUAAAUGUACGUCAAUUGAGAUCAAUAAUAAUUAUGUUUGCGUUUGCCUUUUGCCUACUUGUAUCUCUAUAUUCGUAAUGUUACAUUAUUCGAUAGCGAAGUGGUUUAUAUUUGAUAAAAUAAUAUAUCAUUAACCGGAAAUUAGCUUAACCACGAGCUCCGUAGCAUUUAAGGAUCUGGUUGAGAUCCAACCAUCGUGAUCUAGUCGUUUGUUGGGAUGUAACUGAUAAUGAUGUUGACGAUAUGUAAGGUGCGAAAGAGAGAGCGAAAGAAAGUUCGAAUACCCCCGCCAACUAAUUAGAAUAAUUAGUAAGAACUAUAACUCGAGGGACGAAAAUAUUGCGAUUUUAAAAAUUAAGAUGCCAAAUACGGAUUUUUUAGUUCGGAUUCAACGAGUUUCACACAUCGGGGGAUAAAAGUCGUGUGUAAUAGCCAAAAUUAUUAUCAUCUUUCGAUCUUGAAGUGUACAUAAACAAUAAAUAUUAUCUCACGGGGAAAAAAAUAUAACUAUGAAUUGAUAUUUUAAACCAAUUCUGACCAGUUUAACGAACAUCUUUGUAUCGCAAGAAAAUGGCCUCUAUUGAUCCUUCGUUCGAAUUAAAUAUCGCUUGCACGAUACGAAUACGAUUGCGAAUGUAAAAUCUAACCUUGUCACUCUGUUUACGUUUGUUAUUCUUUCGCAAUGUUUCACUGAUAAUAAGUCCGAAUAAUGACGAAAAUAAUAUUGUGAAUAUGAUUUAUCUCGUUUCACGUUGUGCAAAAUAUGAUCGUUGGAUUAUUUUUCAUCUAAUCGGCUCGUUCUGUUUCGAAAAUGUUGUUUCAUAUCGACGUGCGCGCGGUCUCGGACGAGUUGUAUCGCACGAACGGAAAUUUCUCGAUUAAGAAUUUAAGGUUAGAAGUUAGCGUUAAAAGUAUUAUGGGAAUGGAAGAACGUCUUUUUCCUCGCGUGGCACGAUUCGUUCGUAACGCGUUUAUAUCUAGUUUUUUUUUUUUUUUUUAAUCGCUUCUUUCUUAAACCGCAAUGGAUGAUUCUCUAUUCGUAAUCGAGAAACAACGAGUGUAUAUCGUCGUCAUAAAUGGGGGAAGAAAAAGAGAAAUAAUAAUCGUGCACGUAGUUCGCUUCAAUCGUCGAAAUACCUCGAGCAACGGCCUAAAUGGGACGUUGAUUAAACGUAAAAAAAGAAAAAAAAGAAUAAGAAUAAACAAAAAAACGUGUGCGAAAUAACUGUACGACACGACAAUCGCCGCUGUUAAAUCAAACCGAGCAGCUGUUCAAAAAAAAAAAAAAAAAAAAAAAAAGGAAGAAAAAAGUCGCUUAAACCGAUAUGCCUUUCUACGUUAGAGAGAGACUCAAAACUGUUGACAAUAAAAGCUCGACAAGAGAGAAAAAGAGACCUGGUGUGCGUGAAAGAAAUAUAGGUUCACGUCAUACAUACAUGUUCACGUUAUAUCUAUAUAUAUAUAUAUAUGUGUGUGUGCGCGUGCGCGUGUGUGUGUAUACAACAUAACGAGACAGAGAGCAAGUUCCUUCAGAUUUUUCAAUUCUCUCGAGGAAACGGUACAUAUCAAAGAGAUGUCGCCUUCUAUUUUUUUUCUUUUUUUCUUUUUUUUUUCUUUUUUUUUUUUUUUUUGUCGUAGAUCGCGAAGAACGUCACAUUUCGAAGGGAACAAUUUAUGUUCGCGUUAUAUUCUCCUAUAAUAGUUAGGCGCCAAGUGACGCUUCGCGUAGAACUUGUAAAAAGUGUUAGCGAAUAGUGUUGUAAAUAUUCACAAGAGCAAAGACAGGCGAAUCACGAAUAGAAUCGCGUAAAAUGGGGGAGAGGAGAGGAGAGGGGGAGGGGAGGGGGAGUGGAGAAAAAGGAAAGAGACCGAUCGUGUAAUAAAAGAAAAAAAGAGAAACUAUAUCCAAUAGAAAUAAAAGGGCAGAGAGCUACGAACUUGUAGUACCUGUUGCAUCACGAGGAUGUACGAUAUGUGUGUGUGUAGUGUUUACUGAGUUGUGGAAGAGCUUUAACAAUAAAAUGUAUAUCGACCUGUACGAUUGUCGUUGCCGUAUAACGAUAAAAAUAACAUUUGGUGUAAUUUUUUAUAUAUUUGGAACUGGUAAAAGCAGAGUCACAUAAGAUUGGUAAAAUGGUUUGUGUCGCAUUGCGGCUACCUUCGUGUUGCACGCGAAAAUAACCUGAAAGAUGAAACUACUACUAAACGCCAUGUGGUCCAAUAAGUUCCUAAGAUCAUCUUACCGUUCGAAUUUUGAAUGAUGCUUUGACCAAUUCUAUUUUAUAUUUAAUCUUCUAAAUUACUUAAUGAUGUAUAUCAUAAGUUCGAUGUAUACCUUUAUUGCUAAUGUCUUUCUGCAUUGGUAUGCACACGUUAAAAAGUUUGCGUAUACACAUCUUGGGAUGGGGUAGAGAUGCUGCACCAACUUUGGUCGACAAUUUUUUUUUUUUUGCGGAAAUGUUGCCGUAUCGAUCGAAUACCUUUUUCGUUUUUUCAAUGUACAGUUAAAUGUAACGUAAAGUAAUUGUGCAUACGCGAGGACAACUAUUGUAUCAUAUCAAAAUUUAGUUAUUUUAUGAAUAAAAGUAUAAACCGCA